GGCGCGGUGCUGGGCUUGGAGCGCGCUGGGCUCCGCUGCCGGGAGAGCCGAGCCGGGGCCGCGCUGGGCCAGCGAGGAGCGCACGAGCCUUCGAGGUUGUGGACGAGGGAGGGAGGAGUCGCCGCCAACGCCAGCUCCUGCUGGGAGGGAGCCCAAACCCGCCGUGGACCAUGAGCCGCCGGGCCCCGAGAGCCCGACCGCGGUCCGGGCAGCGCUCCGCCGGCGCCCCGGCCCGCCCGGCCGCAGCUGCGCGCCUGUAGCUGCAGGGGGCUGCGAUGGGACGGGAACCAUGAAUGGUGCUGCCUCUGGCCCCGCCGCUGCCGCCCCGGUCCCGGACUGGCGGCAGUUCUGCGAGCUGCACGCCCAGGCGGCCGCCGUGGACUUCGCACACAAAUUCUGCCGCUUCCUACGCGACAACCCGGCCUACGACACGCCAGACGCUGGGGCCUCUUUCUCCCGCCAUUUCGCCGCCAAUUUCCUGGACAUCUUCAGCGAGGAAGUGCGCCGCGUGCUGGUGGCUGGGGCCGCCCAGCACCCUGACAUCAUGGAACCUGAGCCAGCGGCACUCAAGGUGGCAGCGUCGUGCGGCCACUCGCGGAGCUCUGAGGACGUGUCAGCGCACACGGCGGCCAAGGCCCGCGUCCGCAAGGGUUUCUCACUGCGCAACAUGAGCCUGUGUGUGGUGGACGGCGUGCGUGACAUGUGGCACCGGCGCGCCUCUCCCGAGCCUGACGCCACCCCGCGGGCUGCCGAGGUCCCGGCCGAGCCUCGCGACAAGUGGACACGGCUCCUGCGGCUGUCGCGGACGCUGGCGGCCAAGGUGGAGCUGGUGGACAUCCAGCGGGAGGGCGCGCUGCGCUUCAUGGUGGCCGACGAUGCUGCCGCGGGCCCGGGCGGCACCGCCCAGUGGCAGAAGUGCCGCUUGCUCCUGCGCCGGGCAGUGGCGGGCGAGCGGUUCCGCCUCGAGUUUUUCGUGCCACCCAAGGCCUCCAGGCCCAAGGUCAGCAUCCCUCUCUCUGCCAUCAUCGAGGUCCGCACCACCAUGCCCCUGGAGAUGCCGGAGAAGGACAACACGUUUGUGCUCAAGGUGGAGAAUGGAGCAGAGUACAUCCUGGAGACCAUCGACUCACUGCAGAAGCACUCAUGGGUGGCUGACAUCCAGGGCUGCGUGGACCCCGGGGACAGUGAGGAAGACACAGAGCUCUCCUGCGCCCGGGGAGGCUGUCUGGCCAGCCGAGUGGCCUCCUGCAGCUGUGAGCUCCUCACGGAGGCAGCAGACCUGCCCCAGCCCCCAGAGACAACGGCAGCCGUGGUGACAGCCCCACACAGCCGAUCUCGAGAUGCUGUCAGCGAGUCCCUGGUCCACGUCCCACUGGAGACCUUCCUGGAGACCCUGGAAUCCCUAGGAGGCAGCAGUGGUAACAGCAAUAACACAGGGGAGGAGGGAACAGAGCCUGAGCCCGAGGCAGCACCAGAGCUGGAGCUCUCUGACUACCCCUGGUUCCAUGGGACACUGUCGCGGGUCAAGGCAGCUCAGCUGGUGCUAGCAGGCGGGCCCCGGAGCCACGGCCUCUUUGUGAUCCGGCAGAGUGAGACUCGGCCUGGGGAAUACGUCCUGACCUUCAACUUCCAGGGCAAGGCCAAGCACCUUCGCCUGUCCCUGAAUGGCCACGGGCAGUGCCACGUACAGCACCUGUGGUUCCAAUCUGUGCUUGACAUGCUGCGCCAUUUCCACACCCACCCCAUUCCACUGGAGUCAGGGGGCUCUGCAGACAUCACUCUCCGCAGCUACGUGCGUGCCCAGGGCCCCCCACCUGACCCGGGGCCCUCGCCCAGCGCCGCACCCGUACCUCCCGCCUGCUGGAACGAGCCGGCCGGCCAGCACUACUUCUCCAGCCUCGCAGCCGCCUCCUGCCCGCCCGCCUCGCCCUCAGAGGCCGGCGGGGCCUCGUCCUCCUCCACCUCGUCCUCCUCGGCCGCGUCUCUGCCCGCCGCCCCGCGCGGCGCCGCCGAGAGCCUGCUGAGCGCGCGCAGCCGCAGCAACAGCGCGGAGCUGUUGCUGGAGGCAGCCGGCGGUGCAGACGAGCCCCCCGAGGCCGCGCCAGGAGAGGGAUCGCGCGGCCGCACGCGUGCGGUAGAAAACCAGUAUUCCUUCUACUAGCCCCGCGCUGCUUGUCGCCAAGGCCCUGGAGCCACUCGGACCGGCCGUGCAUCCACCCGCGUGUCCGUCAGUUCGGCGGACCCCAGCCCGGUGCUGGGUGGGAAAAGCGAAGCUCUUCAGUGAAGACAUAAAUGUUAUUAAAGAGCCUGU